ACUUUAACCAAGUGAACAUCAUCUAAUCAAAUCUAAUUGUUGUUUAACAUAAACACGCGUUUAAAAAAUUAAAAUGAAUUCUUAUAUUGUUGCCGUUUGUUUCAUGUUGAUUGUCAGUUCAUCAGCUCAAAAGGAAACAGAAACAAAGAUCGAUCAUCUUGUCGGUGAACCAAAUGUCGAGGCUUCUAAUGGCUAUGCCGCUGUGGCUCGAUCACGAGUUCGUGGUUCUAACACAGUUGAAGAUGAUUAUCAACCAAUGGAACCCUAUGCUUUUGGUUAUAAUGUUAAAGACGAUUAUGGUAACAAUCAAUAUCGCAAGGAAGAGGCCGGUAACGACGGAGUAAUCAAGGGUUCAUAUGGUUAUACCGAUGCUGCUGGACUUUAUCGAGUUGUUGAAUAUAUCGCCGAUCGAUUAGGUUUCCGAACUAAAAUCCGAUCAAAUGAACCAGGACUUAAGAGCAUGAACUCAGCUGCCGUUACAUUAGAUGCUCAGAAUCCACCGGAAGCUGUUGUUGCCGCUGCUUCAGCACCAAAGGAAACAAUUGCCGCCCCCAAGCCUUUAAUUCCAGCAUCAUUACCCUUGAUUGUCCCAAGUGGACUUAACCCACGAUUCCGAUACGUUACAUCAGCCAGUGAACUUUCACCCGAAAAGCAACGAAAUUAAUUGAUUAUAUAAUCUAAUCAAUAAUUUGAAGUGUAUGUUUACCAUUAUAACAAUUAACUCUUCACAGGUUAAUUUGUUGAUCUAAUCUAAUUAGACUUAUUUUAUAAUGAGAUAAUCAGAUUAUUAUCAAUAAUUUACUGAUGAACUAUUGAAAAUUACGAAAUAAACUUCAAACAACUAUUUAUAAUCUAAA